AUGUCGUGGGAUCAAGCCGGGAUAUCCGAGGACUAUAUGGAAUCCGUGCAAAGCAGUGCAGGAUAUCCAGAUAUCGCCUCCCAGCCCUACUCCACGGCGAUGGUCAGUACAGCACUCGAACUCCAUGCGCACUCGGGAUCGGACACAUCAUAUCAGCCCUACCACAACAUCGCAGGAAGAGUAGCGGAUGCUCCCCUUCGACAGGCCAUAUAUGCCAUGCCAGCCCUCGGUUACUCCUUCCAGCGCAGCGAGGAUACUCCUUCAUUGUCCACUGCCACCAGUAUGCAUCGGCCACGCCAUGAGGGGCAUACGACUAUAGCGAUCUCCGCGGGUGCGCAGGAGUGUCUUCGAGACGCUCUGUAUGGCAGGAGGACGUUGGUCGACAUCCCCACGGACCUCUGGCACCAACUACAUGCAAUAUGCGAGCAUUCGACUUUUGUGCAUAUGCCCGCCCCUACUCCCGCGAGUAGUAACCGCGAUAUCGGUAUCCCAGCACAGCCUUACAGCAGCCAGCGUAUUCGACCUUCGGCAUCGAUGCCACUUGCGGUUAGCCCGAGGCUCGACGCUCAUCCGAUGCCUUCUGCUACCACCUCCUACUCUCCGACAGCCGAGGUGUACCCCGCUGGAGGAGAGCUUGAUCCUAGCACAAGCUUCCGCUGCCAGUGGGGCGAUUGUAAUGGGGUCAUCACUUCGCCCAAAUUCUCAUCUAUUGAAACUCACCUCAAAGCGCACCACUUUGCCCAGGAUUCUAGUGACCCCUGGAUUCCAGGAAAUCGGGGGCACUGCAAAUGGAGCGGCUGUACGUGGCCGCAGCCUAUCAAACCACCUCUAUAUCUUUCGUGCGGUUUCGUCUUUUCACAAAAUAGUCGACCCCCGAUUGGUCUGCAGAUAUUACCAAGGGUUUGCGUUGCAAGAUAUCUACUGUCUCUGUCAUCGGAUAGUUUUUGGAUCCUUUUCGGCCAUUGCGAAACGGAGUUCGCAUUCGGUCUCGGUGGUCUUGAUUGA